AUGCGUCCUCUAUUCCUGCUGCAGGCCACCUCAGUCCUGGCUACGACUCUCCUUCAUAAAGCUCGCCCUAUGGAAUCGCGACAGGACGAUGGAACAGUACAGAUCCUUGUUACCAACAAAUGCGCAGACACCAUCUGGCCCGGCGUGUCUGAAAACAACGGCUUGUCCAACGACGGCUUUGAACUCGCCAGCGGAGACUCCAGAAACGUCUCGAUAAGUUCGACCUGGAAAGGCCGUAUCUGGGGAAGGACCAAUUGCACAUUCCCCAAUGGCGACAGCUUGCCUGGAGGCUGUCUGACGGGAGAAUGUGGAGCAAUGAAAUGCGUCCAAGCAGGGAAUCCUCCGGCCACGCUCGCCGAAUUCGACAUGUCUGGUGCGGGCGAUCAAGCAUAUUACGACAUCAGUCUCGUUGAUGGAUACAACCUCCCCAUGGCCAUUGUCCUCAUCCCCAACGGAGUCCCCGCUCUCUCCAAUGUCAAGCUCAACCAAAAGAAUCCCGCGUGCGUGGGAAGUGUCAAUGGACUCGCGCCUCCCGAUUUCAAUCCUUACAGCGGCGGAAAUUCCUAUCUGGGAACGACAUCGGGUGAUGAACUUCCCUUUGAGAAGAGAUCUACCGCGCAAGACGUCAGCUCCUGGUGUCCCUUUGACCUGCUGGUCUCGCCGCCUCCCACACCUGGUAAUGGUGUGUAUCCCUAUCCCGAUGGAAAUAUCCAACGACCGGCGUUCAACCCUUGCAAUUCGGCAUGUCUCAAGUAUAGGAAAGCUAAGUACUGCUGUACGGGCAGCUAUGGCAGAGGGAAAUGCCAACCCAAUUACUAUUCUCGCGCCGCAAAGGCCAUAUGUCCCGAUACGUAUACGUUUGCGUACGAGGAUACGAGCAGUCUCUUUAGUGUAGACAAGGGCGGAAGCUGGGAAGUCAUCUUUUGCCCUGGUGGCAGGAGUACGAAUAUCCUGGCGGGAAGUCGUGCGACCUAAGUUAGUUGAGCUACCUUAGAAAGGGAGGGCAAACGGGAGCAGAAGCGGCGGCGCCACGAGAGAUGGAUCACUUUCUGGCUACAUGACCUGAGAGUUGCCGCCCUUUGUUUUUCGUCGAUUUUUGGUCUGCAACCCCUCUGCCCACAAGAAUACAGGAUAGACACAGAGAUACACUUAGACAAAUAUAGCCACCCAAUUAAUGUAACCAUCGC